CUACGCAUGAAGUACGAUCACUCCGAAGAAGUUCUCGCCUUGCUGCCAUCAGCUUCCCAAGUCAAAAACAGAGCACAACUACUGCGAAGACGGGGGGAUUUGGACAUUACCACCUACGCUGAUGUCAUGGUUUGGGCGACGCCAAGACUCUGCACAACCCCAGCAGCAUUUUUCGGUCAUAUGCGCUACAAUCGCGAGCGGGACGCUCGGCGCAUCGCUCGCCAACCCUUUGAGUUUCAAAAUGAGCUCAUAAUGUUCGGGGUCACAGAUGGAACAUACAAGCUUCACUUCGGUGGUUGGCCGCUUGUGUCUUUUGGCACAUUCGGACUUCGUUACACCGCUUCGCAUGCGUAUCAACAGAAGAUUUACCCGAUGGCAUUUAUGUUCGUCAGGACGGAG